AUGCCGCACUCGCGCGCCGUGCCGCGCGCGCUGCCCGCCGGCACGCCCGCCGACACGGAGAACAUCCUCAAGGAGUACGACUUCGUGGUGGUGGGCGCCGGGUCCGGCGGCUCGGUGGUCGCCAACCGCCUGUCGGAGGUCCCCGGCUGGAGCGUGCUGCUGCUGGAGGCGGGCAAGGACGAAAGCUUCCUCACCGACAUCCCGGUGCUGGUGAGCUACCUGCUGUCCACGGACUACAACUGGGGCUUCGAGACGGAGCCGCAGCCCGCCACGGGGCCCAACGGGCGGGGCGGCGCGUGCCUGGCCAUGCGGGAGGGCCGGUGCCGAUGGCCGCGGGGCAAGUCCCUGGGCGGCACCAGCGUCAUCAACUACAUGGUGUACACCAAGGGCAGCGCGGAGGACUUCGACGAGUGGGCCGCCGCCGGCAACUACGGCUGGGCCUACCGGGACGUCCUGCCCUACUUCCUCAAGUCCGAAGACAACCAGGUGCCCGAGCUGGCGUCGUCGCGGUACCACGCCCGCGGGGGCCACCUGACGGUGCAGCGCGCGGCGUGGCGGUCGCCUCUGCUCGACGCGUUCCUGGACGCGGGCCGCGAGCUGGGCCACCCGGUCGGCGUGGACCUGGACGACCCCGCCACGCCGCUCGGCUUCUCGCGCGUGCUGGCCAACACGCGGAACGGGUCCCGGUGCAGCGCCGCCAAGGCCUUCCUGCGGCCGGCGCGCGCGCGGCCCAACCUGCACAUCGGCAAGGGCGUGCGCGUGACGCGCGUGCUGCUGCAGCGCGACCACCAGGGCGACGGCGGCCGGCCGCGCGCCGUGGGCGUGCAGUACGUGCGCGACCGGCGGGUGCGCGUGGUGCGCGCGCGCAAGGAGGUGAUCCUGUGCGCCGGCACCAUCGGCAGCCCGCACCUCCUGAUGCUGUCCGGCGUGGGGCCGCGCCAGCACCUCCGCGACCACGGCGUCGACGUGCUCGCCGACCUGCCCGUCGGCCUCAACCUCCAGGACCACGUGGCGAUGGGCGGGCUGGCCUUCCUGGUCAACGACUCCGUGAGCCUGGUGGAGAGCCGCAUGCAGCGGCCGCGGUACGCGCUGGAGUACGCGCUGCAGGGCACGGGGCCGAUGACGCUGCCGGGCGGCGCCGAGGCCGUCGCCUUCCUGCAGACGCCCGCCGUCCCCGCCGUCAACGCCACCGGGGGCCGCUCCCGGCGCGCCGACGUGGAGCUCGUGUUCGGCCCCGGCGCGCUGCCCGGCGACACCGGCGGCAGCAUCCGCAAGAGCCUCGGCCUGGACGAGGUCUUCUGGCGCCGCGUGUACGGCGACGUGGUGGGCAGGGACUCCUGGAACGCGGUGCCCAUCCUGCUGCGGCCUUGGAGUCGCGGCGUGCUGAGGCUGCGCUCCGCCAACCCGUUCCACUGGCCCAAGCUGUACGCCAACUACUUCCAGGACCCUCGCGACCUGCAGGCCCUGGUGCACGGCAUCAAGACGGCGGUGCGGUUGAGCAAGACGAGGGCCUUCCAGCGCUUCGGCAGCACCCUGCACGAGACGCCGUUCCCCGGCUGCGCCAACCUCACCUUCGGCGGCGACGACUACUGGGCCUGCGCCGCGCGCUACUUCACCACCUCCCUGCACCACCAGGUCGGCACGUGCAAGAUGGGCCCGGUGGGCGAGCCCUCCGCCGUCGUGGACCCGGAGCUCCGCGUGCAGGGUGUCUUCGGCCUCCGCGUGGUGGACGCCUCCGUCAUCCCCAAUGCGCCCGCCGCGCACCCCAACGCCCUCGUGUACAUGAUCGGGGAGAAGGCCUCGGACAUGAUCAAGAAGACCUGGAGGGGCUCCACGUGAUUGCGUUCUACACGAACUAGUAUUUGUAUAUUUAUUGGAAUUUGAAAGCGAAAGAAAGACUGGUCUGCCAUAA